CUUAUGGGUACUUAGGUACACAACUAUCUUUAAUGUCACUAAGCUUCAAUAGCAAAUCCAAAUCCAAACAGCAAAUUCUCGAAUACCUACCAGCCUGCCUGCCUAGCACACCAAGUUGAGAGUGCUCAAUUCAGAUUAAAUUCUACAUAGUAGACCGUUUAUGCCACAAUCCACCCAGAGUCAGAUUUAAUUACCUGUAUAGAUACUGGGUAAAUCAUGGAUGACACUUAUACGUCUGAUUCUCGAGUACACGACUUAUAGUUCGGAGGUGUGAAGUAAUAGUUCGGAGCCAUUCUUACAGAGACUCGCCAUGGCGGAUUUUGAUCUCGAUUCGAGUUUCAUUCCUGCUCUUCAUAAGCCUUCGGCGCUACUACCUAUUGCCAAGCAUCACGAUAGUCUACUAUAUCUAAUUGAGAAAAAUCCCGUCACUAUCGUCGUAGGGCAGACAGGCUCCGGCAAGACUACUCAAAUACCACAAUUUCUCGAGCACGCGGGAUGGUGCUCUGACGGUAAGAUAAUUGGUGUUACACAGCCCCGGCGUGUAGCUGCUACAACCGUAGCUAUCAGAGUCGCCGAGGAGUUUGGCUGCGAGCUUGGGAAGGAGGUCGGCUAUUCAAUUAGAUUCGAGGAUGUAACAUCUGCUGCGACUCGUAUCAAAUUCCUAACUGACGGCUUACUCAUUCGAGAGGCUCUGGUCGAUCCGCUCUUAUCACGAUACUCGGUGAUUAUGGUCGAUGAGGCGCAUGAGAGGUCUAUAAGUACAGAUAUUCUUCUCGGUCUUUUAAAGAAAAUAAGAAAACGGAGACCGGAACUCCGAAUAAUCAUAAGUAGUGCAACUCUUCAAGCCGAGGAUUUCUUAAGUUUCUUUUCGCAGUCGGAAAGCCGGGAACCCUCCGACGACGAAAAUAAUGAAAUCGGUUCAAUAAUCAGUCUUGAAGGUAGAAUGUACCCGGUUGACAUUCUUUACUUGGAAUCACCGGCCGAGGAUUAUGUUGAAAAAGCAAUAUCUACGGUUUUUGAUAUCCACACCAAAGAGCUAGACGGCGAUAUUUUAGUCUUUUUAACUGGCCGUGAAGAGAUUGACACAGCGGUCCAAGCUGUUGGGGAACGAGUUCCUCAACUUCCCCCAGGAUCUCAGUCGAUCUUAGCCUUACCGUUAUAUGCAGGAUUAUCCACAGAACAACAAAUGUUUGUGUUCGACAGCCCACCUGAAAAUACAAGAAAAGUUAUUUUCUCAACUAAUAUCGCGGAAGCGUCCGUGACAAUCGAUGGCAUUGUUUAUGUCAUUGAUUCGGGUUUCGUGAAGUUAAGGGCCUUUGAUCCUAAGACUGGAAUUGAGACAUUAACAGCAACCCCAGUCUCCAAAGCAGCUGCUUUGCAGCGCGCGGGAAGAGCUGGUCGUACGAAACCCGGCAAAUGUUUCCGGCUUUACACCGAGAAAUUAUACCGGGUCUUACCUGAUGCGAACAUACCAGAAAUACAAAGAUCCAAUCUCGCACCAUUCAUUGUACAACUUAAAGCGCUUGGGAUUGAUAAUGUUGUGCGCUUCGAUUACCUGACACCUCCACCUGCGGAACUCAUGAUCAAAGCGACAGAACUGUUGUUCUCCCUGGGCGCUCUGGAUGAGUAUGCUAAAUUAACAAAACCGUUGGGUAUGCGGAUGGCAGAGCUCGCAGUUGAACCUAUGAUGGCUAAAACAUUGUUGACGGCUUCUUCAUUCGGCUGUCUCAGUGAGAUAUUGACGAUAGCAGCCAUGACCAGCCUUGGCAGUUCCAUUUGGAUUCAAAGAGAUGGAGAAAAGAAACAAAUGGAGUCCUCAAGACGAAAAUUCGCUGCUGAAGAAGGCGACCACUUGACGCUACUGAAUGUUUACCAAUCCUUUAUAACCAAGGGCAAGAAGGAGUCGAAGUUUUGUCAUGAAAACCAUAUCAAUUUCAAAGCUUUGACCCGUGCAGUGAGUAUCAGAGCGCAAAUGAAACGCUACCUGGAACGGUUUGGGAUAACGGUAGACGAGAGCCUCAAGACAUCAGUCGCCAACAAGGGAGAGCAAAUUCGAAGAUGCCUCACGACGGGCUAUUUCGCCUACGCGGCGAGGAUGCAGCCCGAUGGGAGCUUCCGUAAUGUUGAAGGUGGAACGACGCUUCAUGCGCAUCCUAGCUCUUUGAUGUUUAAUCGUAAAGCUGAUUGGGUAAUUUUCCACGAAGUGAUGGAAACCGGCAGCAAGAUUUUUAUCCGCGACAUUAGCAAGAUUGAGAAGGGAUGGCUUUUAGAAUACGCAUCAGGAUACUACCAAUUAAAGUCUUGAUGACAAAAAAAAAAGCAGUUUUUGACUUGCUAGACCUAUUCGACGAUGGACUCGUUACAACUGCAAUUGACACUGAAUUUGCUUGUGAGACUACCUAGGUACUUCCCCCCUUACUAAGUUCGGCUGUUCAAGAUGGGCUUGUUGAAGAGACCAAUGAAGCAAACUGCAGGACGGAAUUAUUGAGACAAUGUCAUAGUCACUAUUACUUUCAAAACCUGUUGAGGCUGAGACGGGAAUAACCAAUCGUAAGGGCAAGUUUUAAAAAGAAACAAACUUAACGUUAGCUUGGCACACUAGCUAACCGUGGAUAAGUACAUUGCUCUCGUACUUCUUAUUAUGGGAUGAUGUCUUUUGUCUUUCCUGAUUGACCCAUGGGUGAACUUACUGUACCUAACCUAACCGUCUGGGUCGGUACAGCGAAUUGGGAUCCAACCAUCUGACGCGAACCAUGUAAAUGAAGUAUUUAUAACGGGAUGGAGUCUCCAGGAUUACCAACCGUAUGAAGGAAUGAUUAUUGAAGAAAUAAUGAAUUGGAAAUUGUAGGCCUCGUUUUGUUCAAUAAAGGUAAUUCAUAAACAUAAUGACAUGUUCAUCUCGUCAGUUACCAAAUUGAGCAUGCGACAAUUUAAC